AUGCAUUUCUCCACCAUCGUCAUCGCUCUUGCUGGCGCCAGCACUGCUCUCGCACUCCCAGCACUCAUGGAGCGCCAGGCCAGUCUCUGCACGGGGGACUACAGCGAACAGUGCUGUGCUACCGACGUCCUCGGUCUUGCUGAUCUCAACUGUGCUGCCCCUCCCACAGUGCCUGCCAACACCACCGACUUCACCAACAUCUGUUCAGCCAUCGGACAACAGGCUCAGUGCUGCUUGUUGCCAAUUUUGGAGCAAGGUCUCAUCUGCACCACACCAGUCUAG